AUGACGAAUACAACGAGCCAUGACUUUGUCGUGUCGGAGCGCAACGGCAUCGCCGAGAACCGCCACGAGAUCCACGCCGCCGUCGUCGACUCGACCGGCCGCCUCCUCUUAUCCCUCGGGAACCCCUCGCGCCUCACCCUCAUCCGCUCCGCCGCCAAGCCGCUGCAGGCCCUGGCCGUGGCCGAGUCGGGCGCGCUGGAGCGCUACGGCUUCGACGAGGCCGACCUGGCGCUCGUGUGCGCGUCCCACAGCAGCGAGGACCGCCACGUUGCCCGCGCCAGGGCCAUGCUCGGCAAGGCGCGCAACGCCGAGGAGAGCCUGAGGUGCGGCGGGCACCCGUCCAUCAUGCCGGGCAUCCAUCGCGACUGGAUCAGGAGGGACGUGGUGCCGACGGCCGUGUGGAGCAACUGCUCGGGCAAGCAUGCCGGCGUGCUGGCGGCGGCAAAGGCCAUUGGCGCCGACGUGGCCGACUAUCACCUCCUCGGGCAUCCGGUGCAGGCUCGCAUCGCGGACGUUGUGGGCGACCUCUCGGGCCUGCAGUCGCAGGAAAUCCAAUGA